AUGGGGAGAGUGAGUGGGAACGGGUGCGUGCGUGCUCGUGAGCACGAGUCCCUCCCGGGUGCAGGCGGCCGCCGCCGUACCAAGCCCAGGGCAGGCCGAGGCCCCAAGGCCAGGAGGACGUCAGCGGCGCCGUCUAGGCGUGCUCCAGGGAAGCUGAACCUGAGGAACGGCCCCGCAGCCAAGUGUCAGCCUAGGGCAGUGGCCUCGGGGCCGGAGAGGAGAGCUCUGCCGUUCAGGGAUACUGUCCUUCACCCAGAGAAGCUCUGCAAGCAGGAGGCAGCUAGGGCCGGAAGUGAGCUCCCUAAAGCCAUGCCCCAGGGCUUAGUGACAUUUGAUGAUGUGGCGGUGGAUUUCUCCCACGAGGAGUGGGAAUGGCUGAACGUGGCUCAGAGGAGCCUGUACCAGACUGUGAUGUUGGAGAAUUACAGAAGCCUGCUCUCCCUGGGACUUUGCGUUUCUAAGCCCGACUUGAUCUUCUUACUGGAAGAAGGACAAGAACCCUGGAUGGUGAGAGAGACGACAGGAGACCAGGGCCCAGAUUUGACACCUUUGCAGGAGACCAAGGCGUUACCACUAAAGCAGGACUUUUGUGAAGAAGAGUUAUCCCAGGCAUUGAUAAUGGAGAGAAUUACAAACUGUACCCUGAAGUGUACCGUAUUAGAGGGAAACUGGAAUGCUGAGGCUCCGUUUAAGAGACAGCCAGGCCUGUUGACUGUCAGGAAUGUGGCUGUAGACUUCGCCCAGCAGAGGAGAUUCUGUAAGCAUUGGAUGCAGGAGAACCACGGUGACCUGGGAUCAAUAGGUCUUUGCAUUUCUAAACCAGAGGUGAUUUCCUUAUUGGAACAAGGGAAAGAGCCCUGGCAGGUGAAUGGACAGAGGACAGCAGAGUCCCCCGCCUGGGAAGAACAUUGA